GGGGGCAGGGCACUGAGGAGGGAGUUGCGCGCGCGAGGCGAGGGCAAUGGGGCAAGAAGAACCCGGGCGAUAGCGCGGCAGCGGUGACAGCUGGGACCCGCCGCGGUCGGGCUGCCCCCUCCCCUCGCCCCGACAGCUCCCCUGCUGUCUCAUCGGUCUCGCAGAAUCCGCCGGCGGCGGCGGCGCCAGGACAUGGAGCUCGAGAACAUCGUGGCCAACUCGCUGCUGCUGAAAGCGCGUCAAGGAGGAUAUGGCAAAAUAAGUGGUCGUAGUAAAAAAUGGAGGGAGAUACUGACACUGCCUCCUGUCAGCCAGUGCAGUGAGCUUAGACAUUCCAUUGAAAAGGAUUAUAGCAGUCUUUGUGACAAGCAACCGAUAGGAAGACUUCUCUUCAGGCAGUUCUGUGAUACCAAACCCACUCUAAAGAGGCACAUUGAAUUCUUGGAUGCAGUGGCAGAAUAUGAAGUUGCCGAUGAUGAGGACCGAAGUGAUUGUGGACUGUCAAUCUUAGAUAGAUUCUUCAAUGAUAAGUUGGCAGCCCCUUUACCAGAAAUACCUCCAGGUGUUGUGGCAGAAUGUAGAUUGGGACUGAAGGAGGAGAACCCUUCCAAAAAAGUCUUUGAGGAAUGUACUAGAGUUGCCCAUAACUACUUAAGAGGGGAACCAUUUGAAGAAUACCAAGACAGCUCAUAUUUUUCUCAGUUUUUACAAUGGAAAUGGCUGGAAAGGCAACCCGUAACAAAGAACACAUUUAGACAUUACAGAGUUCUAGGAAAAGGCGGAUUUGGAGAGGUUUGCGCCUGUCAAGUGCGAGCCACAGGAAAAAUGUAUGCCUGUAAAAAGCUACAAAAAAAAAGAAUAAAGAAGAGGAAAGAUGAAGCUAUGGCUCUAAAUGAGAAAAGAAUUCUGGAGAAAGUGCAAAGUAGAUUCGUAGUUAGUUUAGCCUACGCUUAUGAAACCAAAGAUGCCUUGUGCUUGGUGCUCACCAUUAUGAAUGGAGGGGAUUUGAAGUUUCACAUUUACAACCUGGGCAAUCCCGGCUUUGAUGAGCAGAGAGCCGUUUUCUAUGCUGCAGAGCUGUGUUGCGGCUUGGAAGAUUUACAGAGGGAAAGAAUUGUAUACAGAGACUUGAAGCCUGAGAAUAUUCUCCUUGAUGAUCGUGGACACAUCCGGAUUUCAGACCUCGGUUUGGCCACAGAGAUCCCAGAAGGACAGAGGGUUCGAGGAAGAGUUGGAACAGCCGGCUACAUGGCACCUGAAGUUGUCAAUAAUGAAAAGUAUACGUUUAGUCCCGAUUGGUGGGGACUUGGCUGUCUGAUCUAUGAAAUGAUUCAGGGACAUUCUCCAUUCAAAAAAUACAAAGAGAAAGUCAAACGGGAGGAGGUCGAUCAAAGAAUCAAGAAUGAUACCGAGGAGUAUUCUGAGAAGUUUUCAGAGGAUGCCAAAUCUAUCUGCAGGAUGUUACUCACCAAGAAUCCAAGCAAGCGGCUGGGCUGCAGGGGUGAGGGAGCGGCUGGGGUGAAGCAGCACCCCGUGUUCAAGGACAUCAACUUCAGGAGGCUGGAGGCAAACAUGCUGGAGCCCCCUUUCUGUCCUGAUCCUCAUGCCGUUUACUGUAAGGACGUCCUGGAUAUCGAGCAGUUCUCGGCGGUGAAAGGGAUCUACCUGGACACCGCAGAUGAAGACUUCUAUGCUCGGUUUGCUACCGGGUGUGUCUCCAUCCCCUGGCAGAAUGAGAUGAUCGAAUCUGGGUGUUUCAAAGACAUCAACAAAAGUGAAAGUGAGGAAGCUUUGCCGUUAGAUCUAGACAAGAACAUACAUACCCCGGUUUCCAGACCAAACAGAGGCUUCUUCUAUAGACUCUUCAGAAGAGGGGGCUGCCUGACCAUGGUCCCCAGUGAGAAGGAAGUGGAACCCAAGCAAUGCUGAGCACCCCGGUGCAGACCACAGAGCAGACCCUGGCGCCAGGAAGGGGCAUGUGUUAGCGUCUCGUCCCACCUGGAAGUGUAAUAAAUACAUCUAAAUAAAGCACGCCUUGGGAGUGUACAGAUCUUUCUGCACUAA